CGUGAAGCCUGCGUGUUUUAAAUUGGCGCGCUUUUUACUCGGAGUGUGUUUUCGUUGUGCCGCGUCGUGCUUUAAUUAUUAUAAAGAAAAAGACUCGUGAAUUGUGAAUUAACACGCAUUCGUUCCACAAACUGCAGUGUUCAACAUCGGGGCGUUUAAGAAUCUCAUCAACUCUCAAUCUCGUCGGCACCAAGAACCUGGUGGUGUAGCGAUGAGCAGAAAGCGGAACAGCGUUAACGCAGCACCAGACAUGGAUCCGGUGCUGAAUGAAGUCAUCAAGAAUUUCCCAGGCAGGAAGUCGCAAAUUGAACAACUUUAUAAUCACUACGGCGACAUCGACGAGUGCUACGUCGACGCGACCUACGUUCAUGGUGGGCCCAGCACCGGCAAAACGACGAUCGUCGUGACGCUUCUGCGAGCUCUCGGAGUCAAACACGCCGUGGUUAAUUUAAUUGAGUGCUAUACGACGAAAAUCCUCUUGGAAUCUAUCCUCAACCAGCUAGCCGAACACAAAGUGAGCCCCAACCAUACCGCACCGUACGCAAAAUGUGACAACAUGAUGGAGUUUGUCAAGAACGUGAAGAAGUACGCUGCAGAGAACGAGGACUUUAUGCAGGCCGUCAUCGUCUUGGACAAUGCCGAAAAGGUACGAGACAUGGAAUUCAAUCUUCUGCCGUGCUUCCAGCGUCUUCGCGAACUUACCGGGUUAAAAUUAUCGACAAUUUUCAUUUCCGAACUUGUAUAUCAGAAAUUUUUUGUUAAGUUGACCGCGGGCGAAGUUAUAAAAAUCCACUUUUCGCAGUAUAAUAAGGAUGAAAUUUUAGAAAUUCUUGCAUUAGACUUUGAUGACGCGAAGGAGUUUGUCGCGAAUAAUUCCAGUACAGUACUACCCAUAGACUUAGAUUUCUACAAAAACUAUCUCAAUGUGUUUCUGUCCGUUUUUUAUCGUGCGUGUCGGGAUUUCUCAGAGCUACGGUAUAUGGCGCGUAUUAAUUUUGUUAAAUAUAUUGAACCGGUUAUUAAAAACGAGUGCGCUAUAACCGAUUCGAUGGCGUUGUGGCGACAUAUUGCGCCAACUUUGAAAUCUUCUUUGGAGGUGCUCUAUCUUCGGUUAUCGGCCACAAAAACGAAGGCGGCGACUUUCUCGAAAGAAAAUCUCGCCCAGUCACUCGAACUUCCUUACUACGCCAAGUAUCUCCUAAUCGCCGCGUACUUAGCCAGUUAUAAUCCGGCCAAAGAUGAUAAGCGUUUAUUCAUGAAGUUUCAUGGCAAAAAGACGAAGAGUAUGAGGGAUGUGAAAGCCAAAAGUAAAGUCUCAGAGUGUCUGAACACUCAACUCGGUCCUAAGGCAUUUUCAUUCGAUCGGUUAUUGGCCAUUUUCUACGCAAUUCUUGACGAAAAAAUUGGUUUCAACAACAACCUGCUGGUGCAAGUAUCCAGCUUGGUAGAGUUGCAACUUUUGUCCGCUUUGUCAGAUAAUUUUAAUUUAGAUGGUCAAAAAUAUAAAUGCACCGUGGGGUUUGACUUUGUUCAAACUAUUUCAAAAAUGGUAGGAUUUAAUAUUCGCAAGUACUUGUCAGAUUUCAGUCAUAUUUAAAAACAUGUAUUUUUAUUUAAUAAAGAAUAAUAUCAAUAUUUGUAUUCUUGGUUGUUCGUGAAAAAAGUAAACAAAUAAAAUAUACCGAUGAAGUGUUACUUUACAGCCUCCGGGGAGCAAACCGUAUGAUGAUUUUGAUGGGGAAAUUUAUGGGGUAUUUUCAGCGCUUGGUUCACGUUUUCUAUUUGCGCUGAUGGCGAAAUUAUGUCAUUAGGACAUUCCGGGAGCUUUCGCCCGCCGAUCGAUGCCAUUGUUCACGGCUCUUCGCCGCCGAAUAGACGUGAAUUACUGUCAGCUGCCGCCGGCGUGGAGCUUAUUCGACGCUACGGUAACCUAAAGAGAGGAGCGCUCUUUCAAUAUCAAACUGCAAAAUAUACGCGUGUCACAAAAACUUUUAGGAAUUUAUGCAAAUUACUUAAGUUGACUUGCCACAAAUUCAAUAAACGGUUCACUUAUCAAUCUAUGCGGGAGGUUAAAGCACGCACAAACAAUUUUUGAAUAUUUUAUAGAAGUCAAUUUAGCGAAGGUGUAGUAAGUUCUUGAUUGAGAAUUCAAAUCGGAAUUAUUCUAUUGCGCUCGUAGCUGCAUGACUGCGUUAUUGUGUUCAAAGUAGCUACCGCCGAGAAAUUGGUCUGUUUAUCUAUGACCUUAGUAAACCUAAGAAAUUCAUCCACUAUCAUAAGUUUAGAUAUUGAAGGGUUUACGAAUUUCAACUUGAAUGGAGUCUGACUGGUGUAAGUAAAUUUCCUUUUCUAUUUUCCUUGACUUUGUUGAUCAAUAAAGGCUUGAAACUUUGUAAGCGGUAUACAUCAUUGACCACGGACAAAAUUUCAGUUUGCAUUACAUGAGGUGUUGCUUUGAUUUCUUUUUAAACCAGUACUAAUCUAUAUAUUUUUAUAGACGACAUACAGAAUUAUAUUUGUAAUUCCACAAUAAAAAAUAAUGUUUUAGUUUUUAACUAAACAAUGAUUAAUUAAAUAUCUCUAAAUACUAUUUUUGUUGGGUUGUACUUUUUUAGAUAAUGCCUUUUUGUUCAUUGCAAGACAUUUGUAAUGUUCCAAUGCAAUGUCUUUGGUAUCAGGCGCUAUCUUUUCACAACCUUUCGUAAAUGCGUCGAUAUCUUUUUCAGUAUGAAAAAGCAUGUUGUAUUGACGGACUAGCUCAGUAUUUAUUGUAUAGUUAGAUUGCUGAAUGAAUCCGUGUUCUUUGUAAAUGCAGUCGACAAAUUUUUUGAAGUUUGUGUCGUUCAUAUUAUCACCGGUAAGUAAAAUGUUCAGAAAGAACAUGGUGUCCAGAUUUGACUCAUUUAAACAUUUGUUUUGGACUUUUACCGUCUCCUCGAAUGUUAUAGCAGAGGAUAACUAUAAUCACAAAUUCGUGUAUUACUUAAUAAUCUAUUAAAUAAUUAAAAUAUUAAUAUUCAUACCUGCGGAAGACUGAGAACUAAGAUGAGACACAGAGAUAUUAGUAUCAUUUUGUUUCUGCUACACCCUUCUUGUGUAAAGAGAAGGCAACAACUAAAACUUAACUAAUUUUGUUUAUGUUGGCUGGGUUUGUUGGCUUUGUUGAGCAGUUCAUUUGUAAUCAAAGGCAAAAGGUUAUCGUCUUUAGACGUUUUGUGCUUUAUUUGUUUUAAUUAAUCUGUUUCGUAAUACUACACACAGGAUAGAGUAUUAGCAGAAGCAUUAUUGAUAUUAUUUAUUCGGCCGAAAAACAGGAUUUUUUUUAAAUUGAUUCCCAUCAACAGGUAUGGCAAACUUUUCUUUAAAAUUUCUUUAAUAUUAUCAUAAAUAACUUUUGUGAUUAGCGAAGUAAUGAGCUACAAAACUUGCAUUUUUGGGUUGGCGGAAUUUUGGCAGAUAUCAAAAUAUUGGCAGUCGCGUUGAUGUUUUUAACUUACGAACAUAGAUUGUUGUCUCUCCAACUGUGGGUCGUUCUUGUUUAGUCCGGCUUAGUUGUUCGUGCAUCGUAGUGUGGUGCACGUGUUUUGUUCAUUAAUCAAACUUUGUGACAAUUGUUUGCGUUACUAAAGAUUUUAAUUCUGUAAUUGAACUAGAAUGUGACGACUUUUAGCAAUAACAGACCAGUGUGGUGGUACGUCCUAGAGUACGUGGUGGCCGUGGCUGCUGUAUAUAUCUGCGUUUCCGUUAGCAAUCAGUUAUCAUUUUGCACAUAAGAAUAACUUGGAUUUAUAAUUAAUUCCGACAACUUUAAUGCACAGAGCAAAAGUUUGUGAGUGCUCGAAUGGAGUAUGCAAUAUCUAUAGUGUUUAAAUUAAGUGUUGGUGAUAUUUUGGUUUGGUAUAUUUUAAGGCAAGUUUUUACUACUCCCGAAUUUACAAACUGUCGAUUUUUAUUAAAAAAAUGUAUCUAUUAUUAUUGUUGUCAAUAAAACACAAUGUAAAGUUAUAA